UUUUAUUUUCUAAAAUUUAAGUAGUCAUUUUAUUUAUCAUUAUAUUAAUUAAUUUAUAAGCAAUUUAGUUAAGCAAGUGGAUAUCUCAAGUGUGUACCAAUCAUCACAGUUGUACCCUAUGGAUUUGUGUUGCAACGCAAAUAAGUGCUGCCGCAGAACCUAAUACAAACAGAAAAUGGAAAUCUUCACGAAAUCCGACGAGACUCCAACGGCGGAGGGAAAUCUUCUUCAACCGCCUAAACAGAGAGCUAGCCCGCCCCGUAAUCCAUUGAUGAAAGUUCGUACUUACGUGUUGGCACUGCGACCGUGGUCGCUAAGCGGGAGUCUGCUGCCGACUCUCCUCGGAGCCGCGCUAGCGUACCGUCUACCGGGCGAGAGUGAAUUCAGUUGGGCCACAUUGAUGGUCACCCUGUUUACCGUCAUACCCGUCCACUGCGCUGGCAAUGUGGUGAAUACGUAUUUCGAUUUCGUGAAGGGGAUCGACAAUCGAAAAUCGGACGACAGAACUUUAGUGGAUCAUAUUUUAAGUAUCGACGAAGUCGUAUCUCUCGGUGCUCUUUUGUAUAUGGCUGGAUGUGCGUUCUUUGUGAUGCUCGUCAUUUUAUCACCUGCUCGAAUGGAGCAUCUGGCAUUAGUGUACUUUGGUGGAUUGUCAUCCUCUUUUUUGUAUACUGGUGGUAUAGGAUUAAAGUAUAUUGCGCUGGGUGAUAUCAUCGUGCUUGUUAUAUUUGGGCCGGUCUCAGUUGUUUUUUCAUUCCUUGCUCAAACAGGGAGAGUGGACUGGCCAAUUAUUUAUUACGCUGUUCCUUUGGCACUCAACACUGAGGCAAUUCUGCACAGCAACAACACGCGUGAUUUGGAGGCCGAUAGCAAGGCUGAAAUUGUAACAUUGGCUAUACUGAUAGGUGAAACCGCAUCAUACUUACUGUUUGCAUUUUUGCUAUUCACUCCUUAUAUAAUGUUUGUGGUGGCAUCUGUGCGCUGUUCGUUUUGGUUCCUCCUGCCCAUGCUGACAUUGCCGAGGGCAUUUGAAAUCGAGAGGAGAUUCAGAAGACCAGAGACCAUGCAAUAUGUACCGAGGCAGACUGCUAGGCUUAAUUUUUACUUUGGUAUGCUGUAUAUGAUAUCAUGCUUCUUUGCUAACAGACUACCUUUUCUACUAAGAGCAUUAUAAAAUUUUAUUUAAAAUGAAAUGAUUAUGUACUUAUUGAGUAGACUGUUUUUAGGUUGUUUCAACUGCAUAUUGUAGUUUAAAAAUUAUAAUGCAGCUUUAUUAUACAGACUUUGAUUUCUUCAUAUUAUCUUACCUAAUGCUAGUCUUCCUUAUUAUAAAACUUACUUAUACAAAAAUCUUGUAUUAUAAAUUUCAUAUCAACUUUAAAAUAAUAUGGCCUCAUCAAAAUGUUCUGAUAUAACCUCCUCCUUUUUGGAAGUCGGUUAAAAAUAUGGUUGUGCAUUUUUACUGGCAUAAUAUAAGAAUCAGUAUAAUGGAAAUCUCAUGUACCUACCUCUCACUACUUCUUGGCUAUGUUUUAUUGUACUUAGUCAUUUACCUACUUAUGCUAGAAUUUAUGUUGUCUAUACAUAUUGCUGUGGCAUUCGAUUUAGCUAGUAUGUAGCAAUUUUUAACCAAUGAUUUUUUGUUGUUUAAUACUUAAGUUCGAAGCUCAAUUCACAUAAUUUCUGACCAAUUACAGUUCUUUUGCACUUACAUGCACACUUUAAUGCUUCGAUUGUGGGAAUCACAGACACAAUAGAUAUUCAAUUGUUAUGCAGCCGCCGGGGGCUGCUUGUUGCUGAUGGGUUAAAAUAUGUGUGCACAAAAGGGAAAGCAUGUACUGUCACUAGAUUUAAACUACAAGUUGAAAAGAAAUUAUGUAAUUUGGUCAUUAGAGUGCUUCUCAAUAAUUUUAAUUUAAAACAAUCAACCUGAUGUUUAUUGUUAGUUGAUUGUACAAAGAGUUGCAUUUUAAUCACAAUGUGAUUGCAUUUUAUUAGAAUAACCAUUACCUUUAUUUUCUUACCAUGUGUAAUAUUUUAUUGUAUGGACAUUUAAAACAGUGAAUAUUAAGUUUAUGAAUAACUUAAUGUUAAAUGUUACAAAAUGAGCUUUAUAAGCUAUGAAGCUCUUUUUGUAACAUUGCCUGCCGCACUCAGAGACAAAUAU